CAACAAGCAUGACGCGCAUCAGUGGAUUGCUGCUUCUGUACGGGUUAAGCCUUUUCAGUGUCAUUUGCAGGAGUGAUGCUUUUUACGCGCGAAUCGUUAAUGGCACACAGGCUAAUGAGGGUGAAUUUCCAUUCUUGGUUUCCUUGCGUCGCGCUUCCGAUGGGCGUCACAAAUGUGGCGCAUCGCUAAUCAAUCGCGUUUGGGUGCUCACAGCCGCACACUGUGUGGUGAAAACCCUACCGGAACAAGUGAAUAUUCAAUACGGCAGCAAUCAGUUGGAUGCGAAUAGCACCAAAGUGUCGAAUAUCAGUCGAAUUGUAGUGCACGAAGAUUAUCAACCGGGAAAUUUACAUGCCAACGACAUUGCGUUGCUGCGCCUGCAAACACCACUCAAGUUCGGCUCAAAAGUGCGUGCAGUGCAUUUGCCGGCAGCGCAACAGGACACUGCGGAUGCGUCGCCCGCCGUGUUGAUCGGCUGGGGACUGAAUGCGACUGGUGGUAGCAUACAAAAACAACUACAAAAGGUGCAUUUGCAAAUAUUCAGUGAUGAGGAGUGCAGUCAACGCCAUGGCACUCAACUGCAUGCCACGACGAUUUGUGCUGGUGUGCCGGAGGGUGGUAGGGGUCAGUGUAGCGGCGAUUCAGGUGGUCCACUAUUGGUUGAUGGCCAGCAGGUUGGCAUUGUUUCGUGGAGUCGCAAGCCGUGCACACGCCCGCCUUAUCCGGGUGUGUUUACCGAAGUUUCCGCUUAUGUGGAUUGGAUGGCACAGACGAUGGGCAAUGAUCGGGAUGAUGGUGAUUGGAGCGAAAGUGAAGAGUCGUGGGAAGAAUUAACCACGGGAAAUCUCAUUAUAGUACGAAAUAAGAAAGGGUUAGGGCAGUAA